GGCUCCCGCGCGCGCGCGCGCGCCCCCUCCGUGCGUGUCCCGCGGCUGCGGCAUGAGCCGGCCCCCGCCGCCGGCGGCGAAAAUGCCCGGCGCCCCCGAGGCCGCGGCGGGGGACGGGGCGGGCGCCGGCCGCCAGAGGAAGCUGGAGGCGCUCAUCCGAGACCCGCGCUCCCCCAUCAACGUGGAGAGCCUGCUGGAUGGCUUAAAUUCAUUGGUCCUUGAUUUGGAUUUUCCUGCUUUGAGGAAAAACAAGAAUAUAGAUAAUUUUUUAAAUAGAUAUGAGAAAAUAGUUAAAAAAAUCAGAGGUCUACAGAUGAAGGCAGAAGACUAUGAUGUUGUAAAAGUUAUUGGAAGAGGUGCUUUUGGUGAAGUUCAGUUGGUUCGUCAUAAGGCAUCACAAAAGGUUUAUGCAAUGAAGCUUCUAAGUAAGUUUGAAAUGAUAAAAAGAUCAGAUUCUGCUUUUUUCUGGGAAGAAAGAGAUAUUAUGGCCUUUGCCAACAGUCCCUGGGUAGUUCAGCUCUUUUGUGCCUUUCAAGAUGAUAAAUAUCUGUACAUGGUGAUGGAAUACAUGCCUGGUGGAGACCUUGUAAACCUAAUGAGUAACUAUGAUGUACCUGAAAAAUGGGCCAAAUUUUAUACUGCUGAAGUUGUUCUUGCUCUGGAUGCUAUACACUCCAUGGGCCUAAUUCACCGAGAUGUAAAGCCUGACAACAUGCUCUUGGAUAAACACGGGCAUCUGAAGCUCGCAGAUUUUGGCACAUGUAUGAAGAUGGAUGAGACAGGCAUGGUGCAUUGUGACACAGCAGUUGGAACACCUGAUUAUAUAUCACCCGAGGUUCUGAAAUCACAAGGAGGUGAUGGUUGCUAUGGACGGGAGUGUGAUUGGUGGUCUGUGGGUGUUUUCCUUUUUGAAAUGUUGGUGGGAGAUACUCCAUUUUAUGCUGAUUCACUUGUAGGAACAUACAGCAAAAUUAUGGAUCAUAAAAACUCAUUAUCUUUCCCUGAAGAUGCAGAAAUUUCUAAACAUGCCAAGAAUCUCAUCUGUGCCUUCUUAACAGACAGGGAGGUGCGACUUGGGAGAAAUGGGGUAGAAGAAAUCAAACUACAUCCUUUCUUUAAGAAUGAUCAAUGGAAUUGGGAUAACAUAAGAGAGACGGCAGCUCCUGUGGUACCUGAACUCAGCAGUGACAUAGACAGCAGCAAUUUUGAUGACAUUGAAGAUGAUAAAGGAGAUGUAGAAACCUUUCCAAUUCCUAAAGCUUUUGUGGGAAAUCAACUGCCUUUUAUUGGAUUUACCUACUAUAGAGAAAAUUUGUUAUUAAGUGAUUCACCAUCUUGUAGAGAAAAUGAUACGAUACAAUCAAGAAAAAAUGAAGAAAGUCAAGAGAUUCAGAAAAAACUCUAUACAUUAGAAGAGCACCUUAGCACUGAAAUGCAAGCCAAAGAAGAACUAGAGCAGAAGUGCAAAUCUGUUAAUAUUCGCUUAGAGAAAGUAUCAAAGGAGCUAGAAGAAGAGGUUACCUUAAGGAAAAAUGUGGAAUCAGCAUUAAGGCAAUUAGAAAGAGAAAAAGCACUUCUUCAGCACAAAAAUGCAGAAUAUCAACGGAAAGCAGAUCAUGAAGCAGACAAGAAACGGAAUUUGGAAAAUGAUGUUAACAGUUUAAAAGAUCAACUUGAAGAUUUGAAAAAAAGAAACCAGAACUCUCAAAUAUCCUCUGAGAAAGUGAAUCAACUCCAGAGACAACUGGAUGAAACUAAUGCUUUGCUGAGAGCAGAAUCUGAUACUGCAGCUCGAUUAAGAAAAACCCAGGCAGAAAGUUCAAAGCAAAUUCAGCAGUUGGAAUCUAACAAUAGAGAUCUACAAGAUAAAAAUUGCCUUUUGGAGACUGCCAAGUUAAAGCUUGAAAAAGACUUUAUCAAUCUUCAGUCAGUUCUAGAAUCUGAAAGGAGGGACCGAACCCAUGGAUCAGAAAUAAUUAAUGAUUUACAAGGUCGAUUAUCUGGCCUAGAAGAAGAUGUGAAGAAUGGCAAAAUCUUGUUAGCAAAAGUAGAGAUAGAAAAGAGACAGCUACAGGAGAGAUUUACUGAUUUGGAGAAGGAAAAGAACAACAUGGAAAUAGAUAUGACAUACCAACUAAAAGUUAUACAGCAGAGCUUAGAACAAGAGGAAACGGAACAUAAGACAACAAAAGCAAGGCUGGCAGAUAAAAAUAAAAUUUAUGAAUCAAUUGAAGAAGCAAAAUCAGAAGCCAUGAAAGAAAUGGAAAAAAAGCUUUUGGAGGAAAGAACGUUGAAACAGAAAGUGGAGAACCUAUUGCUGGAAGCUGAGAAAAGAUGUUCUAUAUUAGAUUGUGACCUCAAACAAUCUCAACAGAAAAUAAAUGAACUUCUUAAACAGAAAGAUGUGCUAAAUGAGGAUGUUAGAAACUUGACAUUAAAGAUAGAGCAAGAAACUCAAAAACGUUGCCUUACACAAAAUGACUUGAAGAUGCAAACACAGCAAGUUAACACACUAAAAAUGUCAGAAAAGCAGCUAAAGCAGGAGAAUAAUCAUCUUAUGGAAAUGAAAAUGAGUUUAGAAAAACAAAAUGCUGAACUUCGAAAAGAACGUCAAGAUGCAGAUGGACAAAUGAAAGAGCUACAAGAUCAACUUGAAGCAGAGCAGUAUUUCUCAACCCUCUAUAAGACACAGGUUAGGGAGCUUAAAGAAGAAUGCGAAGAAAAGACUAAACUUUGUAAAGAACUACAGCAGAAGAAACAGGAAUUACAGGAUGAAAGGGACUCGUUGGCUGCCCAAUUGGAGAUCACCUUGACCAAAGCAGAUUCUGAACAGUUGGCUCGUUCAAUUGCUGAAGAACAAUAUUCUGAUUUGGAAAAGGAAAAGAUCAUGAAAGAGCUAGAAAUCAAAGAGAUGAUGGCUAGGCACAAACAGGAACUCACUGAAAAAGAUGCCACAAUUGCAUCUCUUGAAGAAACAAAUAGGACACUAACCAGUGAUGUUGCCAAUCUUGCUAAUGAGAAAGAGGAAUUAAACAACAAGUUAAAAGAUGCUCAAGAACAACUAUCAAGAUUAAAAGAUGAAGAGAUUAGUGCAACUGCUAUUAAAGCACAAUUUGAGAAGCAGCUGUUAACUGAAAGAACACUUAAAACUCAAGCUGUGAAUAAGCUGGCUGAGAUCAUGAAUCGCAAAGAACCUGUCAAGCGUGGUAGUGACACAGACGUGCGCAGGAAAGAGAAGGAGAAUAGAAAACUACACAUGGAGCUGAAAUCUGAGCGUGAAAAGUUCACUCAGCAGAUGAUCAAGUAUCAGAAAGAGCUGAAUGAAAUGCAGGCGCAAAUAGCUGAGGAGAACCAAAUUCGAAUUGAGCUGCAGAUGACACUGGAUAGCAAGGACAGCGACAUUGAGCAGCUGCGCUCACAGCUCCAGGCCCUGCAUAUUGGCAUGGACAGCUCUAGCAUAGGCAGUGGGCCAGGCGAUGCGGAAGCUGAUGACGGCUUUCCAGGCACGGAAUCAAGACUAGAAGGAUGGCUUUCUUUGCCUGUGCGAAAUAACACUAAGAAAUUCGGCUGGGUUAAAAAGUAUGUGAUUGUAAGCAGUAAGAAGAUUCUUUUCUAUGACAGCGAACAAGAUAAAGAACAAUCUAAUCCUUACAUGGUUUUAGAUAUAGACAAGUUAUUUCAUGUUCGACCAGUUACACAGACGGAUGUGUAUAGAGCUGAUGUUAGAGAAAUUCCAAGGAUAUUCCAGAUUCUGUACGCCAAUGAGGGAGAAAGUAAAAAGGAACAAGAAUUCCCAGUAGAACCAGUGGGAGAAAAAUCAAAUUAUAUUUGCCACAAGGGACAUGAAUUUAUUCCGACUCUGUAUCAUUUCCCAACCAACUGUGAGGCUUGUAUGAAGCCGCUGUGGCAUAUGUUUAAACCUCCCCCUGCUUUAGAGUGUCGCCGCUGCCAUAUUAAGUGUCAUAAAGAUCACAUGGAUAAAAAGGAGGAGAUAAUAGCCCCAUGCAAAGUGUAUUACGAUAUUUCAACGGCAAAGAACCUGUUGUUGUUAGCAAAUUCAACGGAAGACCAGCAGAAAUGGGUUAGUCGGUUGGUGAAAAAAAUACCCAAAAAGCCUCCAGCACCAGACCCUUUUGCAAGAUCAUCUCCCAGAACUUCAAUGAAGAUACAACAAAACCAGUCUAUUAGGCGGCCAAGUCGGCAGCUUGCCCCUAACAAACCGAGCUAACUGCCUUCUGUGAAUGCAGUCAUUAUUCAAGGUGAUAAUUUUCUCCCAGUUAAGACAAGACUGAAAUGUGAUGGCCCAAAAAUUAUUAAAAAGUUAUAUUUUCCUGAGAGACUGAUAAUACACAAGCAUCUAUGUAUAUGUUUCCUUUUUUCCUGCAAUAUAUAUUAUAAAUCUUGGAGAGAUUUACUGGCUCUUUUGAAGCAACAAAGUGAACCAACAAUAAUUAGUAGAGUAAGGAUGUCAUGUACAACUCUUCAACAUUUGUUCUAUUAAGCUAUCUUGGCAGUUACACUACAUUGUUCAAAGGAAUUGAGAAGAGUUCAAGUUUACGGAAAUCAUCUUUCCAGCUUCAACAGAGAGAUUUCACCAGCACAAUUACCAGAAGAACCUAGGAAUGGAUUCCACUACAGUGAUAACAGACUACAUCUUUAAAAAGUGAACAUUAUAUUAUGUGUAUGUACAUAUGCAUACACCUUAUACACAUACAUACAUAUUUAUAUAUAUAUAUCGUAUGGCGAGAGGAUUUUUUAACUUCUCACUUUAUUUUUUAUACACAUUAAUCAAAUAUCAUUACUUAUUGCAGUUUCAGCUAUGCACUUGUAUAAAGCCAUAAUGUUGGAAUUUGUCAUUCAUUCUUGUGUACGUGAUAAAACUUGCAUGUUCAGAUGUUAAAGCAGUUGCUGUAACAAAAAGUUUGAAGUUAAUUAUAUCAUUUCCCUAAUGCUCCGUGAUAGGCAACUUUUAACCAUUUUGAAUGCCUUAAUUUAAUUUUUUUUGUCUCAUUCCUUUUCUCUAUUUAAAAAAAAAAGUUUACCAGCUCUUAGGAUGCAAAUUUGCUUUUGCAGAAGAAAAGUAGUGCACUAUUUUUACACAUAGUAAUUAUCAGUGUCAGCCUAUUUUGAUUGUAUAACAAUUUUUUUAAGUAUUGGUGAUAGAAAAAUAAUGAAUAGUAUUGAAACUAAUAUAUCUUUUAUGUGUAUUUUUCAUCCAUCCCUUUUUUUACAGACCUCAGUAUUAGUGUGAGACUAUGAAACAUUUUCUUUGCUUUGAAUUUGCUGGUUAUCCUAGAUGUGUUCUUAUUUCUUGUAAAGACGUUUGUGACUUUUAUAUUUUCACACUCAAGAUUCAAAAAUUAUCUCAAAUAUAAAGAAACAAAGACAUACUGUAGAUAUAUUUUAAAUAUUUUAAUGUGAUCCCUUAAAAUUUAACUAUGGAUGGCAAUAUUACUGUUUGGGUUAAGAAAAUCGGUGUCUGGGUGUAAGUGGUGUCAAAGGCAUUCGAAUUUGGGGUUUUCUCUUUUGGUUUGGUUUGGUUUGGUAUUUUGGUUUGGGUGGUGCCAGGGCUUCAAACCCAGGGGCCUCGCAAAGGCAAGGCAUGUACUCUUCCGCUGAGCCACUUUCCCCAGCCUAGUCCUUUGAUUUUUAAAAAACUUUUCUUGAAGUUAAAUUGGUUUAUAGCAUUAUAUGUUUCAAAUACACAAUGUUACAAAUCAAUAUUGUACAGGUUACAUUGUGAUCCCCUCCAGAUUUUAUGUUCUAAAUGCUGUUAAAGUUAUGUUAAGACAAAAAUCUUGCUGUUUCUUAUUCCAGAAUGUUUUAUUCUGCUACAGUAUGUGUCAAUGAUAAGCUUCAAGUUAAAAACUUACGUACUUUAUCAGUCUGUCUUUGUAUACAUGCAAAUACACAAACUUUAAGAUCUAUCAUCUAACAUUUCAAUGAAGGAAGUAUACAUUUUUCACUGAUUCCCUGUGUAGAAGUGUUUAAAGAGUUAGCUGCCCAAAUAGAGAUGCUCUCGUGGAAGCUGAAGAGAGGCUCUUGGCCUGCCGAAGUCCUGAAUCUUAUUCUUACAACACGCAGUCUGCACUCUUUCAUGCUGUCUGUGCUAAAACUAGAUAUGCAUGCCAGGUUCCUUACAAGUAUGUUUUUUGCAGUUCUAGUUUUGGGGCACAGCUGUUUUUUAAAGUAAGAUUAAAAAAAGGAAAAUAUAUUAAAUUUAUAUAGAAUAAAUAUUUGCUUUCAUUAGACUUAUUAAAAGACUGAAUUAAUAUUUUAUAUAAAGAUUUUGUUACACUAUGGGAGGUUCUAUCAUAUUAUUCUGAAUUGGAGAGUAUAUAUAUAUUUUUAAUAGACUUUAUUAAGGUGAAAUAAUUUGAAGUUUACACAUGAGUAAUUGAAAUAUUUGAGUAAAAAUGGCAAAAGUUUAAAUUUUGAAUGCUGUAUAUAUGGAAAUCAUGGUGUGAUGCAACUACACAAAGAAAAUCAAUGUGAAGUUUGGGGGUUGCAGGUUAUUCUAAGGGGUGAAAAAAGAUCUCUCCCAUGGAGAUUCUUCACAUUUUGUGGUUUGACAUAUAAGGUUACUUGUCCAAUUCAUAGAAAUAUGCUUAAUAAAAAAAAGUUCUGACCUUGGGUAAGAAUUUGCUUUUUACCCCGUUCCUGGUUUCAUGUACUUGUGUGCACGCGCCUGUCCAAAUGUUCUCUUCCCAACACUCAUUAACUACGACAUCGACUUGGUUUAACAAGCUGAUGUUGUGCCAGCUUCUCUUUCUUGAGGCUUCAAGACAAUUAGACCAAAAGCUACUAUUUCCUGGAUACCUGAUUUCUCCUAGAGCAACAAAUACCUCCUCUAAGAACUAAGAAAUAGUGAAUAUUGGGAUUCUUUUCAUUGGGUUUUAUGUUUGUUCUGUGGGAAGAGUGAGUCAGAAGUAGAAGGAAAACUGGUCAAUUGUACUCUUGAAAAGUAUAAUGAAUUUUUGAGAAUUUUUUUAAUGCUGUGUAGAAGCAUGUUU